ACAUUAGAAUCAGUUACUGCAUCUUUACCAUCAUCCUCAUCAUCCUCAUCAUCAUCACCAUCAGCUUGCUGCCUCCUUUCUGUCUCCACGUGCUGAUUGGCUAAGAUGACGAACAAGGUGAUUCAUACCUGUGACUCUGUGGUGGGCGGAGCGUCUGGAGAGGACAACGUGUCUUUCCAGGUGUUUCCAGAAUCAGCAGAUCGUAUUCCAAAACUUUCCAGGCGUGUCCCGUCCAUCGUUGUGGAGCCAACGGAUGGAGACGAUGUGGAGAGUGGAGAGCUCCGAUGGCCCCCGGAUGAUGUCAGCAGUGACGCCACAGAGGAACACAGCCAGGUGACAGGUGGACCUGUAGAAGAGGAGGAGCCACAGGAACAGGUGAUGGAUGGAGUUUAAACCCUACUGACUGGAGUGGCACCUUUAUUUUCAGCCAAUAUUUUUCAAAGGUCCCUGUGAUUAGGGGUGGGGGGGCGUGGUCAAUAUACAAAUGGCCACACCCCCAUGUAAGAGAGGCGGAGUCAGACCUGGACAGAGUGAACAAACAAAAGAGGAGAAAAGAUGAAGAUUCCAACAUGAAAGUAAACACAGAUCUUCAGAUGACUGAAGGAUAUAGUUUGAAAGGAUUGUGGGACGUGAGCAGCAGGAAAAAUAUGAAACAUCCAGAAUAUGAAUAUGUUGAUGGACUUAUUGACUGACUGCUUUUAUAAAAUCUUGUUGGUUCAUUUCGUCACUUUUGUAUGUUUGUAUAACUGCUUGUGCUAAAAACAUAGAUAAUGCAACUGAUAUACAUCAUCUAAAGUU